AUGGCGUCUUCUUGUAUUUCUGAUAUACCAGAUAACAUAAAAGAUGUUAUCAUUAAAGUUCGUUCAUCUCAUGCCGAAAUUCCUAAUUUAACUUUAAAAACAUUGAUAAAAAUUGUAGAUGAAUCCUGGGAUUUAGAUUUAAUAGAUUUUGCCUACAAAGAAAAUUUUGGAAAACAUCGAGAUAUCGCAACUGUUGCUAAUUUUAUAAGAUACAUUGAUGGAGCCAAAUUAACUCCUGUACCAUUUGAAAAGAAUAAUUAUUAUGUAUCCUUCAAAAGACCUGAAAGUUUGUCAAAAGUAGUAUCAAUGGUUCAUUUAUCUAAUAAAAAAAGUAAAAAGAAAAAGGUUAAUGGAAAUAAAAAUUAUCAAAGUUUUAAUAAUAACUAUCAAAUACCUAAACUUAGUUAUCGUAAUAAUUCAAGUUCUACUUUAACCACUGAACAAUAUAAAAAUCGACCAUUUUUCAAAGUACGUGAAAAACCAUUAUAUAGAUCAUCAUUAUCAUAUUCUUUUCCACAACCCGUAAAUAAUAGCCAAUUGUUGGAUGGUCCAAAAUCAUCUAAUAUUUCAGAACUAUCAUUUGAUAUGAAAUCAUUGUCAAUUGAAUCUGAAAAACCAAUAUUAAAAUCAAAAACAACAUCUUCUAUGUGCAAUUUUUCAAAUGAUGCUGGUGAUCUAUUUGAUGAUGUAUUUAAAUAUGCUGUUAAAGAAGAUGUGAAAAAGGAGAAAAAAGUAAAGAAAAAUUCACAAUAUCGUGUUAUGGUUCAAAAUUCUAAUUCAUUAAACAAAACAGUAAAUAAUUUGGAUCAGGUAAACAUUGAGGAAAAAAAGAUAGAUACAAAUUCAUCCUUAAAAAUGGUUAAUAAUAAUAUUGCAUUUGUUCAAAAACCAUUAAGUUCACAACAUUAUGAAGAAACAAGAAAAGUUUACAAUGAAAAUACUUCAGUCGAUAUAGUAAAGAAUGAAGUUAAGUUAAAUUACCAAACUCAAAAGCAAAAAUUAUCAGAAGAUAGUUUAUUUGAUGAUGAUGAAGAUGUUCUUCCAACUAUUGAAGAGGUAGAGAUUUUCUUAAACCAGGAUAAGGAGAUACAAAAACGUUUAGAAAAAGACAUAGAAAUCUUAGAUACUAAAAAUUCAUCAAAUUACCUUGAGGGCGUAUGUAGUAAUUUUAUAAAUAAUGAAAAUUUAACAAUUUGUAAAUCAAAAGAGACAUCCAAUGAAACAAGAAAUUUAGAAAAACCCUCAACUUGUAUCAAAUUUACAUUUACUCGAAAUCCUUUAAGUCUUAUCCAAGCAACACGUAUACAUUAA